GCUAGCCAUUUAUAGUUGGACGUAGGUAUCGAACAGCGAAAAAAGUGAAAAAAAAGGAAAUUAAAUGGAGAGAAUACAAUAUAUUUACUUAAAUAUACCAACUGUAGCACCUACUGUAGAUCCUAUUGCUGCACCGCCUAGCAGACCAUUUGGAAGUCUGAUCCGUUUGAGGAGUAGAGUAGGUACAAUAAGAGAUCCUAAUGUACCACCUAUAACAGCAAAGUCUGUUAUUUGUAAUAAGUUGCGCUAGAAAGUCAAUUGAGAUUUCUGUCAUACGAGCUAGUAUGAACUCACAUCUUUAGAAUUAGCGUUAUACCAUCUAAGAACUUCACUAUCGCUUAGAGAUCUAACACGGAAGUAUCCGAUUCCACCCCCAAGUGGUGCACCCAAUCCAGCUGCACUGAUCCAGGUGUUACAUUGGAGACACACCGGCUGCCAACACCCAACCUAAUCCUGCAUGCUGCUUUAUGAGCUCCUUCGCAGGCACAGAUAGAGGUAUAUUAUCUUCUAACUUCACACCUUCUUUUUUAACCUCUUUUAGUUUGUCAUUUGUUGUUAAUGUUAUUCCGUCUGCCAUUGCUUUCGACAUUUCUCACUUGAGUAGUUUAAGGAGUUGAAC